UCUUUCACUGACCUAAAAUAUUUCAUCGCUUUCUUUUCUUGUGUAUCUUCGCUGCUGACCACUAAAACUACUCUUCAGCUUCUAAGUUAUAUAUUCUCCUAAUUGUGAAGGAAAUUUCCCUCACUGAGGGCAAAUCUUAUGUUGCGACGAUUCUCUUUCUUCGAAAAUAAAUUUCUGAAGAAUUCUAUUUGAAUAGUUUUUGGUGAACAUGGCACGAUCUGCAUUGGAUGAGACAUCAGACUCUGGAGCUUUUAUCAGAACUGCUUCUACAUACCGGAAUUCCAUUUCAAGAGAUCCAAAUUCUCAAUUUCCAGCAGAGUCGGGAAGGUACCAUCUGUAUAUAUCUUAUGCAUGUCCUUGGGCUUCCAGGUGCCUUGCUUACUUGAAGAUAAAAGGACUUGACAAAGCCGUCAGUUUCUCGGCAGUCAAACCCAUUUGGGGAAGAACUAAAGAAAUAGAUGAGCAUAUGGGGUGGGUUUUUCCUGAUUCAGAUACUGAGGUGCCAGGAUCUGAACCUGAUCCCUUGAAUGGAGCAAAAAGCAUUAGGGAACUUUAUGAAAUAGCAAGUUCAAAUUACACAGGAAAAUAUACGGUUCCUGUUCUUUGGGAUAAGAAACUCAAGACAAUUGUUAACAAUGAGAGUUCAGAGAUAAUCCGCAUGCUUAAUACUGAAUUCAACAAUGUAGCAGAAAAUCCCACCUUGGACUUAUAUCCCACUCAUUUGCAAGCCCAAAUUGAUGAGACUAAUGAGUGGAUAUACAAUGGUAUAAACAAUGGUGUUUAUAAAUGUGGGUUUGCAAAGAUGCAAGGGCCAUAUGAUGAGGCUGUAAAAGUAUUGUGCGAAGCUUUAGACAAAUGUGAAAAUACACUAAGCAGGCAACGUUAUAUUUGUGGAAACACACUAACUGAAGCAGAUAUUCGGUUGUUUGUCACUCUUAUCAGAUUUGAUGAGGUUUAUGUCGUUCACUUCAAGUGCAACAAGAAGCUGUUAAGGGAAUACCCAAACCUAUUCAAUUAUACCAAAGACAUCUACCAAAUUCCAGGCAUCAAAAGUACAGUAAAUAUGGAACAUAUAAAGUUGCAUUACUAUGGAAGCCAUCCUUCUAUCAAUCCAUUUGGGAUCGUUCCUAUUGGGUCAAAUAUUGAUUAUGACGCUCCACAUGACAGGGACAGGUUUUCUACAUAGGUUAUUUAUUUGUGCAGUUGUAAGAGAUUUAUGAGAAAUAUUCUGUAUGUUAAUGGCUUUUUUUACUCUGAGUUUUGUUCAAAUAACCGUGCUUUGGGGGAUUAUACUUGUUCAAGAUGAAGUUUGGUAAAUGUUUGUAGAUAUCCUUUCAAGGCAUGAAUUACUGACAUGCUGGGUUGAAUUGAAGGUGUAGGUGGUGGUUAGGGGUUGCAAGUCAUGUGUAUCUGAUUGGAAACUCCAGAGAGAGUGCUUUGUUGUAAUUUUGAAUUAUUGGAUAUUUAGUUUUUCCAUAUAGAUAUGACAAGUGAAAAUUUCAAGGGAAAA